AUGGAAAAACUAACAAUAGAACUAGAUAGUAAGGUUAAGGAGGAUAAGGACAAGUUGGAACAAAUUGUGGUAAGUUUUGAUGGUACUGAAUCAUUGACUAACACGGUUGAUGGUCAGAUUUUUCUUUUAGAGUCUGAAAUUUUAGCCCUGGAGAGGGAACAAGAUAAGUUAAUCCGGUGGGCCAAAGAGUUGAGAGGUUUGGAUUCUGUAAUAUUUUUGUGCAAACUGUGUCCAGUUUUUAUCAUCGGCAUCAUUACCAGCGUGACACAAUUUGUGCAGAAUCUGGAGAUUUUCCAUGGUUUCUGUGUGUUUUUUAAUGAAACUAUUACAUGCAGGAAGGAUGAAGAUACUGGAAUGAUGGUUCCAUUUCUUCAUGCCUAUAAGGGUGGGAGUUAUGAUCAUCUAAUUUGGGAUUAUUAUAAGAUUAUGGAGAUCGACUAUAUGGGUUACCUCACUGUUAAUUCGACUUCUCUCAAAACCAGGUCAUGUGGUAUUAGCGCUGAGUUAUUCCAGAACGGUCGGUACGCAUAUUCGACAUUGGCAGUUGGAAGAUGUAUAUCACUAUGUUACACUCCUCGCCCUCAAAUUGAUCCGCCAUACUGCCAGUAUGGCUGUUGUGAAAUUAACCUUCUAGAUAACUUUAAGUGGAUAAAUUUCACAGGUGGAGGUGUGUUUAGCUUGCGCAAUUCUACUAGCAAUGUUUUUGAUGAAUUUGGUGGCUUCUCCACCAUAUUUGACCCUUCCACCUUCAGAGUGGUAGAUAAUAACACAAACCUCUUUUGGGGAAAAGGUCGGAAGGCUGAUUAUGGUCUCCGCCUUAACUGGGGUGUCGGCCUUUCGAAUUGCUCCACGGUUCAAGGAACUGCCAAUUAUUCUUGCUCCAUCAACGCAGAAUGCCUUGAAUCCCCUUCCGGAGAAGGUCACUUAUGCAGAUGCCUUCCAGGAUAUGUAGGAAAUGGUUACUCUAAUGGCACAGACUGCACCGAUGUAGAUGAAUGCAGUCGCAUAGACUUGAAUAUGUGUGUUAAACCAGAUCAAGGAGGAACAUGCCAUAAUUUGCCAGGUUCCUACAACUAUUCGUGCGCAGACGGAUAUAAGGGAGAUGGCUUUCAUAACGGGACAAGAUGUGCAUCUACAAGUUCAAAUCAUGUUGUCUUUCCUGCGACCGCAGGAUCCGUCUCUUCGUUUGUGGUUGUAUCUUUAGCAUCAUUUCUUCUGGUUUGGCGGGUAAGGAAACUUUUGGAGGACAAGUAUUAUCAACAGCUGCGCGACUUCAUGACUUCUACAGUGGGGAAAGAAAGCCUCAGAAUUUUUUCUGACGAAGAUUUGGAAAAGGCUUCUAAUAAUUUUUCAAAUGAAAAGGUGUUGGGAAAAGGUGGCUUCGGAACUGUAUUCAAAGGCAUUCUAUUGGAUGGUACUCUUGUGGCCAUUAAAAAGUCGGAGAAACCAUUCAAACUAGAGGAAAGCCAUGACUUUCUUAAUGAAGUUGCUGCAUCCAGAAACAUACCAAUUUGCCAAUGUUGGUAUCCGAAUGGAACACUGUCUGAACAUUUACACUCCCAAGAGGGAUUUUUGGCUUGGGCGUCGUGUCUGCAGAUUGCAAUUGAGACGGCGGAGGCUUUGGCAUAUCUGCAUUCUGGAGCAUCUCAACCCAUUUUCCACUGGGAUAUAAAAUCGUCUAACAUUCUUUUGAAUGAGACAUCUUCUCCUAAAGUUGCAGACUUCGGAAUUUCUCGUCUCAUCACUGCUUCCAAUAACACACAUGUCACCAACAUUAUAAAGGGCACAAGGGGUUACUUAGAUCCUGAGUACAUCCGAACGGGUCAGUUCAACGACAAAAGCGAUGUCUACAGUUUUGGUGUAGUCCUGGUUGAGCUUUUAACAGCUCUCAAACCUUUCUCUCCAGAAAGAGCCACUGACGAGUUGUGCUUACCUGAUUAUUUUCUUGCCAUAAUCAACGACAACCACAAGCGCCUCAGGGAAAUCUUAGAUAGCAAAGUACUGAAGGAGGAAAACCUGCAACAGAUGGAAGAUAUGGCAAGGUUAGCAAGAGAAUGUCUGGAUUUCGAAAGGAGGAAAAGGCUCUCCAUGAAAGAAGUUGUGGAAGAACUUUUAUGGGUAAGAGGCGGUGCGAGAAAGAAAAAAGUCCGUGUUGAUGCAAUAUUUGAGCAGACAAGCGUUCUCAGAGAAGCAUCACAAACGGCAUACAAAUUUAGGAGUUACACUUUUCCGUCUGCAGCUGAGGCUACGCUCGAGGAACCAUCCACUGCACUGCUUCAGAUGUCGACAAUGCCUUGACGGUUGAGUUCAAAGAAGAGCGUUUCGAGUCUGUUUUAAUACUCCGCAGUCUAUGAGGUAAGAUUGAAUAUUAUAGGGAUAUAAGAUUAUACAUUAUAGGGAGGAAACAUGACCAUUUAAUUAGCAACCAUACU